ACACUUAUGUCCACAUCUCAAAACACUUGACACUAUUCUCACAUUUUCUCCAUUUUCUUUCUCUUUCUCAUUCUCAAUGGCACCCUUCUUUUUAUCUCUUCCUGUAAAGAAGCUAUACAGGAAGAACACAAGAUAAGAGGGGAAAUUUUUCUUCAGAGGUUCCUGGGAAUUGAGAGGUAUUAUGCUGGUGUUCGCAUAACGGAAAGAUGAAAUUGAAGUCUAAGAAAGGAUGGAAAUCUAUUGUGCCUCUUCAUUUGAAAGGGAAAUCGGCAACGCGCUUUUCUCUUUUUCGCAAGGUCAAUUCGGCUAGCUGUGGACCGGCGAAAACGCCGGUCUAUCUCAAUGUUUAUGACUUGACACCCAUGAAUGGUUACAUGUAUUGGGCUGGUCUUGGUAUCUACCACUCUGGUGUCGAAGUUCAUGGAGUGGAAUAUGCAUUUGGAGCUCAUGACUACCCAUCAAGUGGUGUUUUUGAGGUUGAACCAAGGCAGUGCCCCGGCUUCAAGUUUCGGAAGUCAAUAUUCAUAGGAACCACUUCUUUGGAUCCUGUUCAAGUUAGGGAGUUCAUGGAACGCCAAGCUGCGAGCUACAACGGCGACACAUAUCAUUUAAUUCUUAAGAACUGCAACCACUUCUGCAAGGACAUGUGCUACAAGCUUACUGGCAAAUCAAUCCCAAAAUGGGUAAAUAGACUUGCAAAGUUAGGUUCAAUAUGCAAUUGUGUUCUACCUCAAGCACUAAGAACUUCAUCUGUGAGGCAUGAUCCUAGCUAUCAACCCUUACCCCAUGAUAGUGAAAAGAGAAGGCUUAGAGGCUCCUUCAAUUGCUUGUCCUCAAUCUCAAUGCGCCAAAAGCACUUGUCGACGUCUUCGCUAUUUCUACAGUCACCCAUUAGAGGGUGCUUGUCAUCUUCAUGGCCCUCCUGGGAACUCAGGAAGUCCAUUAAUCGUUCCUUGAAAGAAAGGUAACUAUUUGAAAAGCUAGAAAAAUGUGUUAAUUGUAUGAACCCAACUGAACCAGACCGGACUGGACCGGAUCGAACCGUUGAUUUUUUGUGGAUGCUACCUCUUUAGAGGAGGCAAACCCAUGUAUGUGGGAAUCUUUGUAAGUAGUUUCUUCUUUGAAAUUCAUUUCCCCUUUUGUUUCUUUUUUCUA